UCCCAUUUGACACUUUAAGGAACCCUCUUUUUUCAUUGUCGCCAGCAACUCGGUAAUACUGCAACAAGGAUAAAUCAGACGAUUAACUAAUAAUUUAUCAGAUCAAAUGUUCCCAAAAUCAACACAACCUUGGUCCAAUAAUAUUUUCCAAUCAACGUUUACAUGGUUACCCCGAUACAUCCAUUUUUAUCUUAAUCUGUUUAUGAAGUCUACGUGCAUCGAACGCACAGGUCAUAAUUAGCGGAGAGUCGAGAGACUGCAUCUUAUACUGAGUGCGGGGAAAAUUGUGGAACAUAAGAUGGUACAAAUUAUGGACCCGAUUAUGAAAAUUGCAGUUGUGGCUGUUUUUUCUCUUCUUUUGAUGCGUGAUUCAUGCACCAUUGGUACAUCGACCAACACUGCUACUUCAUCGACGAAUACGACAGCUCCACCAGGCACUGCUACUUCAUUGACGAAUACGACAGCUCCACCAGGCACUGCUACUUCAUUGACGAAUACGACAGCUCCACCAGGCACCACUGCUUCAUCAACGACAACCACUCCUUCACCAGCCGUGGCAAGUUCAUCGAGGAUAACCCCUGCUGUAUCAGGCAUUACUACGUCAUCGACGCCAACGACAUCUUCACCAGCGGUGAAUAAUAACAGCCAUUCAAUUUCGACUUCACCUCAAAAUCCAGAAGCAGCGAGUCAGGAGAAUACAGCUACUUGUAUACUGCCAAUAUACAACGUGUACAUGUGUUUGUCACUUGUUGUAUUCUGGAGAUACAACUCAGAUAAUUAACAUGCAUUAUUUGAAAUAACUUUGUGUCUCAAAUGACCACCCUAUGACGCCGAAUUCAGUUGCUGAUUGGGAACUUUUGUGAUAUCUACUUUUAUUUAUUUUGAUAUGUAUAGAUCAGAAUUUUUUUACAUACUAUCUACAAUUGUUUGAUUGAUAAUGGGAUAUUUAUCAAAUGCAAUUACAUGUAUAUCUUAUGCAAAUUCAAUUAUUAUAAUCAUGUCAGAUUACUGUAUUAUAAUUAAUCUGUGCUAUAACCAAGAUAUCUUCAUAUUUUAAAUUAUGAAAAUGCUGCAUUCCCUAUAUUCGGAACCCGACUUUACAUUAGAAAGCUUAAUAUAUCUAGCUCACUUUUUUAAACUCAGUUAAAAAAUGGAACAUAAAUUAUCAGCCUUACAAA